GAGUCAUUCAAAGGGAGGCACGCCGCGGAGUGCCACCUCGUCAUCGUACUUCGAGGUUUCCUCGCUCAUCAAUGGUCGCGGUUCGAUAACGAAGGCAAAGCUAGAGAGAGAGAGAGAGAGAGAGGGAGGAGAGAGAAAGCGAAAGAGAAUAAAGAGAGAGGGGGGAGAGAGAGAGAGAAUUAAUGGAGUCGCCGCCGGAGAACGACGUGUGCUCCGUUUGCCACGACGUCUUCAGCCUCCCUUGCCAAGCCAACUGCUCCCAUUGGUUCUGUGGGCAUUGUAUACUGAGAGUGUGGCAUCAUGGGUCUGCACUUCAGCCUUGCAAGUGCCCCAUUUGUCGCCGGUUUAUUACUUUAUUGGUACCUGCAGAAGCUGCACAGCAUCAACGCCAUGAGCCAGAAGCUAGUCGGGUACUGGAGAACAUAGAGAAGUACAACCGUUUGUUUGGCGGAGGCUCGAGAAGUCUUGUGCAGAGGUUGCGGGACCUUCCUUUUUUCAUUCGAAGGAUGAUAAGAGAAUUUAUGGAUCCUCAAAGAUCCCUUCCACUUGUUUUUAGGGCGCGGAUGAUAUUUGCAAUGGCACUCAGUGGAGUCUAUGUCUUGAGCCCAGUGGACAUACUUCCAGAAGGAGUUCUUGGGCUGGUGGGUUUACUGGAUGAUUUCCUCAUACUGUUAAUUGUUUUCCUUCAUCUGGCUGCUAUAUACCGGUCUUUACUUCUUUAUCGACAUGGAGGCCAUUGACUUUCCCAUUCAUCGGAUCAUGUUUCCAUACUCAGCAGAAAGUGGAGAUGUCCUAGAUGCAUGCUCAGCUUUCAUAGAUCAGAGGAAGUAUUAUCUUAGCGCGAUGAGGUGUUGAUCCUUGCUACUUCUACAGCCAGUUGUUACUUGGCCCGGCAUCUUAUUGAAGGAGACAGUAUUUCUGUAAGCCAAGUUUUUAAGAUGGUUCUUUUAAGUGUUUUGUAAAUGUCACUGUCUUUUUCAGCCGAUUGCCUUUUGUAAACUUCACACCGCUUCCAGAUGUGUGUAUAUAAUCAUGUAGAAUCAAUAUGGACUGGUUGGUAUUUACUAUUUUCAUUUUGGAAA